AUGCCUUCUCUCUUCAAGACCCUCUUCGCGGUCGCCGCUCUCCUCCCCUCAGCUUUCGCUGCUCUCCCUACCAAGGCCGAGGGUUUUGCUUCCAGCACAACCGGUGGUGGCAGUGCCGCCGCCGUCUACCCCAAGAACGCCCAGGAGCUCGUCAGCUACCUCGGCGACUCCCAGCCUCGCCGCAUCAUGCUCGACCGCACCAUCAGCUUCCUCGGCACCGAGGGCACAGCCUCAGAGACCGGUUGUGCUCCCUGGGGAACUGGCUCCCAGUGCCAGCUCGCCAUCAACCAGAACGGUUGGUGCAACAACUACCAGCCCAACGCCCCCAAGGUCAACGUCAAGUACGACAAGGCCGGUAUUCUGGGCAUCAAGGUUGGCUCCAACAAGUCCCUGAUCGGUGUUGGCAACAAGGGUGUCAUCCGUGGAAAGGGUAUCCGAAUUGUCGGAGCCAAGAACGUCAUCAUCCAGAACGUUCACAUCACUGAGCUGAACCCUCAGCUCGUCUGGGGUGGUGAUGCCAUCACUCUCGACGACACCGAUAACGUCUGGAUCGACCACGUUACCACCUCUCUCAUCGGCCGUCAGCACAUUGUCCUCGGCAACAAGGCUUGCAACCGUGUCACCAUCUCCAACAGCAAGAUCGACGGCACCACCAGCUGGUCCGCCAGCUGCAACACCUACCACUACUGGGGUCUCUACUUUGCCGGUUCCAACGAUCUGGUCACCUUGAAGAACAACUACAUCUACCGCGUUUCCGGCCGUGGCCCCAAGGUCGCCGGCAACACUCUCCUCCACGCCGUCAACAACUUCUUCCACGAUGUCCCCGACCACGCCUUCGAGAUCGACUCCGGCUCUGCUCUCGUCGAGGGUAACGUCUUCCAGAACGUCAAGUACCCCGUCAACUCCCAGGGUAUCCAGGGCCAGCUCUUUGGUGUCCCCAACGGUGGCAGUGCUUGUGCUGCUGCUCUCGGCCGAAACUGCCAGGUCAACGGCUUUGGCAGCUCUGGAACUCUCGGCGGUACCAGCACUGGCUUCCUCAACAACUUCAAGGGCAAGACCAUUGCUUCUGCCUCUGACUACAACAGCGCCAAGAGCGUCAUGACCUCCGCUGGUUUCGGUAUGGCUUAG